CAGACGAGAAUUUAGCGGGGUGGUGGUGGUGGAUGAAAAUCGUCUCAUCUCGCCUCAUAUUUAACUCUUUCCCUCUCUCUCACUUCAACCCCGUUAUUUGUCUCUGAACGUUCGAUUCUCGUUUGCAUGCAGUCAAACAAACAAGCAUGAAAUGACAGAUGAAGAGUGAGUUUCUCAUAAUUUCGAUCUGUCAACCAAAUUUUCAAAAACUGUCUCGUGCGAAAUAUUUGCUACAAAAAUACAUUAAUAUUUACAUAAAUAAAGUUCUAGUGAGGAAGGUGAUUAGUUGAAGAGUUCAUAAGGUGGUGGUUUUUGGUUUUACAAGAUGAGGUAAGAACUUUUAAUUUAGUUUGACAAUUCCCAGGACCUGGCUACAAAUAAUAUUAUUAUUUAAGAUGAAUCUUAAUUCAUUGAGGUUGGUUUUCUAUGUCUAAAUUGUUUUUAUUUUUCCAGUGCGUUAUCAUGCGAUCAUUGUGGGGCGCUGUUCGCAUUUUCCCAAAGUUUGAAAAGGCAUGAACGAAACCGUAUUUCCAGAGGAGGGACUUGCCCCACUCCUAGAAGAAAAGAUAAUGAAGACGGAAGAUAUUCCUGCGCGAUGGAGGGAUGCGGACAGGACUUUGAGACUGCUGACAAGAGGAACAAGCAUGAGAGGAAAGAUCAUCGUGCAACAAAUGAAAACGAAGAAGCAAGUAGCUUAUACACAUUUCAAUGUGAAGUUUGUGAUGCCUAUUUGGGGAAUGAGAGGUCGUUGGGUAGACAUAUGGAUUCUCAUAAAAACCCAGAUUUCGGCGGGUAUUCGAAGAGAAUUUUUGGUGAGAACAGUGAGGGCGGAGUGACUCACAAUUGCAGAUCUUGCCCAUUAAAAUUUAAUUCUGAGUCAACUUUAACAGUCCAUCAGUAUGUAUUUCAUCGACCAGUUGAGAUGAUGCGCGAAUUGACCGAUCAGUUAUUGAAGCUCAAGAGUCCACUUAUUCCAGCCCAUGGCUUUACUCCCCGUGCCCUUCCUCCCAGUAACCUGGCUAAAGCUGCAGAAGAGGAGAACUGGAUGUUCAGAUGGAUCAUGGGUUUCAUGAACUUCAAGCUCAAAAUACUCGAUCGACGUCUAUACUCCGUCUACCUAGUUGGGGUUCUCGGUCCCAAGUAUAAAGGGGGAGAGGACAUCAGAUCCUUCAUUAAGAAGAAUCCUGACCAGCUUUCGCUGUACAUUGGACGAACGAGCUGCCAACUCCUGAUUGACAGCCACCAUUUCCAAAUGCUGACUCCCCUCUCUGAACCAGCCUGUCGAGGACAAACUAUUAUUCUUCUAAACACCACUCAGUUCCAGGGAGACUGGCGGCGGAAGACGGGAAAGAUCAGGAGACUUGAAGCCAGAAUGAUUGAGGUGGCAUUGACUGACAAGGAGUAUCAGCCAGUUCCUGGGGUACCACAAUACAAGAUCCUCAACUCCAACCGAGAGACGUUUCAGCUGGCCAAUUUGGAUGAAAAAUUGUGUAUGGCCGAACACUAUAGGGUGCGGAUGUCGGGAAUUGGGGCAAAUUCUGGGGACAAAAUGUGACACUAAAUACUAUCGGUGCAAAUUAGUAAAUGACGACUGGGCAACCGAUGAAUUUGCGUGUCCACCUGGGAGCCUUUACGAUCCAGACACUACAACAUGUCGAACCCCUGCAGACAUUGGAUGUUAGACUCGUCUGAAAUUCACUAAUUCGUCGAAUUAGUGAAACUCAAAAGUUACUAAUGUGUCAUAUGUAUACCCAAUAUUACGAACAAUAACUAUACGCAAAUGUACAUAUGUAUGUACACGAGGGUAUGACAAUCAUCAAUCAAGAAAGUUAAUAAAUCUUUCCAUUAUUCUAUUGUAAUUUCAAAAA